AGUGGUCUACAUGCAUUGUUAAUAUUUGUUUGAUCAAAAUCAACCCAGCAACCAAGUUUUACAAUCUACCUAAUGGUUCACUUCACCUAAUCAUUUGUUAAAACAGAGGAAGAGUUUUAGAUAAGAACUCUAUAAUGGAGAAGCUCAUUCAUGGUUAGUAACGUUGAAGGCCCCAAGUGAAAUUAAGUCAACCCAGUUGCUGAAAGAUUCAAUAUUUUAAUUUUCUGUUGCAGUCGCAGGCAGUCAACUCCAACUGUGUCCAUGUUUUGUGAUUGGUGGUUACAGAUCGUGGUUAUAGGAGAUUCCGAUUCGAUUAUACAUAACAUGGGUAGAACUCAGCAGCAGCCUCGAGUAAACCAGAAGUUCAAAUCUUUCUGUAGUCAGGAUGUAGCCAAGCUCCAACCAUGAGUCGAGAAAGAGAAGAAUCUGGGCAGGUAUCUGUUAGAUGUGGUGAAUUAACUGAAUUGCAGAAGCCUAUACUCAGGAUCCAGGAAAGAAGGGUUUCUCCGUUAAAAGCUCUUUCGAUGCAGGAAGUAUGCACAGUAUGAAAUUGUUCCUUCUUCCAAAUCAGCUCCCAGGUUCAUGCCGAUUCCUUCCCCUACUUGCCACACUGAAACGAUCUAUCUCUCUGACGAGCUUAAGUGGAAAUUGACUCUCGAACUUGAAGAAUGUAUCUGGGAAGAUUAAUCGAUGCAUACAAUUGCUGCAUAGAUGUGGAGAAAAAUGAAGUCCGUGACCCACAACUCCGGCGACAACUCCGGGAAUGGUGCGAAUAUUGGAUAGCAGCCACACUGGUUGAUAUUUUUGAGAAUUUUCUAGAUGGUUUGAUUUCAAGCAUACCAGUAAGACAGAAGAAAUUGGUCAUUCUCAUCUUUUUUUGUCAUCCCGCUUUCUGGAGAAGGCGGUACAUUCUACCACCUGGUAUGAAACAUCAUGGUCAACACCCCCCUAUGUUAGCUUGGGUUUUCACUGUUGUACGUUGGCUGAGUGAUGUUAGCCUUGCAAUGAGAAUGUUAGGUGUUUUCACCGGUCACUACACAAAGGUCGAAAGCAACAAAACUCAGAUGCUUGAUUGCAAAGUGCUCCUAAGAUAUGUCUACCCUACUUAUCAUUAUUGCACAAUUGUGGAGAAAAAUAAAGGCGAGAUUGAAGAACUCCGGCGUUGGUGUCAAUAUUGGAUAAUAGUUACAAUUCUUGGAAUUUUUGAGCACGAAUAUGAGAAAUUCAUUUCAUGGUUACCCAUGUAUGAUCUGCUAAAACUGCUCUUCUUCAUCAGUUUAAGCUGUCCUGGAGCCAUGGGAGCGACAACCAUCUAUGAAACCUUGGUGGCACCUUUUUCCAGAAUUAAGGGCAAGAACUUGGCAUAUGGCUGAGAUUUGUGUUAGUUUUGGGCCAAUUAAGAGUCCUAAUUUGGACAUCAUUUGCCCAUGGCACUUAAUGUAGAGUUGCAUUUUUGGGAAAUCAUUAGUGAAUGUAGUGCCAUAUUCUGAUAUGCAACUUUCUAUUCUUUUUUUUUUCUUUAAUUAUUUCUUAUCUUUCUAUUCAUUUUGCUGUAGCAUAUGAAAUAAUGCAAAUUAAUUGCAUAAUACAUGUUACAAAACCUA